AGUUCACAUACCCCGUCUUGCCUUCCAACUUUCAUAUCUGGGGCUUGAAAACUGCACAAACAGAAAACCUUUCAAGAAAUGUCGGGUAAAGGCAACAACGAAAAACCGAGAGGAAAAAUAGGAAAAAUAUUUAUUCCCCCAACGAACAAGAGAUUGACGCGAUCUCAUCGUGCUGGACUCCAAUUCCCAGUUUCCAGGUUCUCCCGCAAAUUGCGGGAUAACAAUGCUGGGAAGCAGAUUGCUGCUGCCGCUCCUGUAUACCUUGCCGCUGUGAUUGAGUAUCUCGUAGCGGAAAUCGUUGAGCUCGCCGGCAAUGCAGCCAAGGACAACAAGAAGCGCCGUAUUCUCCCUCGACACCUUCAACUCGCCAUUAGAAAUGACGACGAAUUGCACCGACUCCUCGGCGAUGUUAUCAUUGCCGAAGGAGGAGUCAUACCGCACAUUCUCCCACAACUUCUUCCUCAGACGAAGAAACCGAAAAUACCCAAGUCGCAGGAAGUUUGACCUGGUUUGAUUUGUUAUUCGAUUGCUUUUGAUAUUUGCUAUGAUAUAACUGGUCGUCUAAUGUACUAAACUAAAUCUGAUACCCAAAAUUUUUUUGUAGCCAUACGUUUCUAUGUUCUAUACUUUAUUUCUAUACGAUAUUGUACGUAACCAUUUCCUAACGUACCUUACAUUUGAGCUUCUUCACUUUCCCUAAAGACGCUAGACUUCCUUCUGACGACUUCUUAAUCAACGGGAAACGAAGUCGCUUCGAAUGGAACGGUUGAUGAUUGCCACAGAAUCAUGUUUCUGUGCGCGUCUAAACAUUUUCUGAGAUCACCGAAGUUCGUUAAGAAUCAGAUUUCCUGGUACUUGGACAAGGCUUUGCUUUCU